AUGGAUUUAGAAGAUAAUGCAUUGGGCUUGACCCAAGAACAAACUGAUAAAAUACUUCAAUUUCAAGAUUUAACAGGCAUUGAGGAUAUGUCGAUAUGCAGAGAUGUUUUACAAAGACAUCAAUGGGAUUUAGAGGUUGCCAUACAAGAACAACUAAAUAUUAGGGAAGGACGACCAUCCGUAUUUGCAACAGAAGCGCGAGCACCUCCAGUAGUACACGAUCAUAUAGCUCAACAAGUAUUCACAGAUGAUGCCCCAGAAGGCCCUGUAGGCAUGCGAGGGCUUUUACGUUAUGUAGUAAACUUAGUUGUGUCAGUUUGUUAUAGUACAAUAUCUUCUGUUUUAAACUUAUUAUUAAGUUUUAUGAGGAAUGAUGAGAGAAGACUUGUGACAGAUCCACUUGGUGAUGUAAUGAGCUUUAUCAACAGUUACACUUCCCGAUAUAAUCCCCACCCAGUAUUCUACCAGGGCACUUAUGCUCAAGCUCUUAAUGAUGCUAAAAAUGAACUAAGAUUCCUCAUUGUGUACCUUCAUUCAGAAUCGGCCACUGAAACACAAAACUUUUGCAGGUCAACAUUAUCAGAUCCAGAAGUAAUACAAUUCAUAAAUACACAUGCCCUAUUCUGGGGCUGUUCCGUUGAGACUUCAGAGGGUUGGCGGGUAGCUCAAUCAGUGAAUGGGCGUAGAUAUCCUCUAUUGUGUGUAGUUUGUGUACGUGAUCACCGCAUGACGGUGGUAGCUAAAAGUGAAGGUUCCUGUGCCCCACAACAGUUGGUGCAGAGACUGCGGGCAGUUGUGACAGAGAAUGAGCCACAUUUGGCUGCUGCGAGGGCAGACAGAGUAGAGCGUGAAGUGACCGCGCGGCUCCGCGCGGCGCAGGACGAGGCGUACGCAGAGUCGCUAGCGGCGGACCAGGAGAAGGAGCGGCGGCGGGCGGCGGCGCGCGCCGCGAGCGACCGCCUGCGGCAGGACCACCUGCAGCGGCAAGCGCUGGAGGAGCAGCACCGCCAGGACGUGAUAGCGGCGCGCGCGGCGACGGCGGCGCGCCUGCCGCCCGAGCCGGCGCCGGGCGCGGCCGCCGCGGCGCUGCUGCUGCGCCUGCCCGGCGGCGAGCGCCUCACGCGCCGCUUCCUGCUCGAACACACCACGCAGGAUCUCUAUGACUUCGUGUUCAGCCACCCGCAAGCUCCGGAGGAGUUCGAGAUCACGACCAACUUCCCGAAGCGCACCGUCGCGCGCGGCGCCGCCAGCCUGCGCCGCGCCGGGCUCAAGGACCGAGACGUGCUCUUCGUCAACGAUAUCAACGCG